UGGCGCUUAAAUUUGACAUUUACAAUAAUAGAAGAGACGACUAGAGGAAUUUAUUUCAACCACCACAAUUUUAAAACAAUUUGCUUUAAAAGCUACCUAACGGCGUUCUCUACGCGCGUUCUAAUAACUUGAAUUACAUUGUGUUAAUUAUAAAACGAUAAAAUGUCUAAUGUCUCCACGAAAAAGGUCUUCAUCCAAAUUGAAUCCGCCGCCGAACAACAGGAGAAUCUGAAGAAUCAGCGCAAGACGUUCAAGGUGCUGCAACCGGGUGGUAUCGCCACAGAUAAAGAAAAUUUGGCUGGGCGUCCACAAAUCGACAAACUGAGCCGCCUCAAAGCCGCUACUGAGGCCUCCCUGGCUUCCACAGAAUUGGCAAAGCGUAAGAAGGUCGAGACCCGUGUAUCGGAGACGCAAACCAGUCCACAGAAAGGUACCAGUGAUGGUGGAAAAUCAGCAAUAACUGCGGAAGAUCUCACUAGCGAAGAAAAACCUGGUCAAGUAUAUUGGGAACAUUUGGCAGAGAAGCGUCGUGAAGCUCUAGAAGAAACGCUUGUGGAAAAUAGACGUCUACACGAACGUAUUGAAGGUUUAGAAGCUGAACUAGAUACCUCGCGUGAAAUGUUAGCCGAGGCACGUAAUUUGGUGGAAGUAUUGACAGAGAUGUUGAACGAAAAUGAGGCUGAACGUGAGAUUGAAAGUGAUGGUGGAGUAGCGGGUGAGGUCGAUGUACGUAAGGGAUCUCCAGGCAAAAUGCUAGAGCAUAAUGACGACAGCAAAUCAAGUGUUGAAGAACAUACGGCUGAAGAGGAGCUAAAACGAUUGGAAAACCCACGCACACCUUAAAGUACAAUUCACAGGAGAAGGCUGAAUGUUUAGUUUUAUAAUGUUAGCAUAAUAUAGUCCUCUCUUUUAAUUCCUUCAUCUUAAUUGUUUAUUAUUAUAUAUUAACUCUAAAUAAUUUAGUUUAUUUAAACAAUAUUAUUUUGCUUAAUUUACAUACCCGACAAGUAGGGCCCACAUCGAAGAGACGGUGGCGCUGCUGCCCAGUAACGGAGCUCCAGUGUACUAAAAAUUAGUCAAUAAUCCUUACAUUUAUAAUAAUUGUUUGUAUUUUAGAAACGUUCAAAUACGUACUAAUAUUGAUCCGACGAUAAUUACGGAUAUGAACUUUCGGCAUUACCUACACUUUUGCAACUAUGAUCAUUAAUUACAAUAUGUUAUGCAUGUUUAAAAACUUGAAAUAAAAUAUAUGCAAAUUGAUAGUUGCAAAAUAUUU